AUGUCCCAAAUCAAGAUCAUCGUUCGUCAGCCACCAAACCGCGAUUUCCUCGAGGGCUUCCCCGGUAUACCACCAAAUGCUCCAGAACGACCCAAUGCAGCUCUUCGAGGGACGGUUGAGUUACGCGUACAGGGGGGCACUCCAGUCAAGGCGAAAUGGGUUCAGAUUGAACUGAAGAAGAUUGAAACUCUCCUGCAGGGACAGGGCGAGCCUUACGUGGAAACAAUUGGCCAUGCUCCUAGGAUAUGGCAAGCCAAUGGAGAGUACGAGAACUUGCAAGUUCGGGACUUUCCGUUCUAUAUUCAAAUACCCAUGAACGUACCACCAAGUAUUGCAUUAGAGAAGGGAAGUGGGAUCCGUUAUGAAAUGGUUGCUAGUCUCUGCGUGAAAGGGAAGAAAGGUAUUCUCCGUAAGGACAAGAACAACGUAACAUCCACUUCAGUACCCAUUGUAAUGGACAAGCACGAACUACACACGCUGUGGCCUGUGUACCACCGUCCACAGACAAGUACGGCAACGAACGACGGACUCAAUCUCAUUGUGACUCGAGAUGCCUCUUGCUACGGACCAGGUGACAGUGUAACCGCACGCGUCGAGUUGCGGAGCGGACGUCUCAGCCCGUGUAUUCUGCGAGCCUGGGAAAUGACUCUGCGGGAACACGUAAUCUUCCGUCCGGAUCCUUCACAAUUGACCCACUCCAAGCAGGCACCUGUGGCUGGUGGUCAGCAGUAUCGACAUAAUGUGAUUGCCGAGCAGAAGAAGUCACUCAGCAAAACGAUCUACGAAGGUGUCACUGUGCAAGAUGAGUUGGCUUGUCUGAUACCGAUACAGCACCGCACAGCUACUACCCAAGGACGACUUAUUGAAGUGCAAUUCACGUUGAGCGUAAAGGCUGUGAUGGAAAGUGCCGGUAGCGUCGAAGUCAUGAUGCCUGUGUUGAUGUCGCAUUGGUCCAAGGAGAUGAGCGAGAAUUCCUUACGCAAAAUCGGUCCUGUUCCUCAUUUGGGCAUCCAAUUUCCUCCCGUCCCAACGGCGGCUGCGCAGCCAUCUCAGGGGUACAAUCAGCCACAGAGCUACACCCAAUCCCACUCGAACGGAUCGAUGCAGACACUGCCUCAAGAGGUGCAGCCAAUGCGACCCCAGAUCGCUAAGAAUGAGUUGCCAAAUCCGGAUGAUGUCGGACCCCCGUCGCCACCAUACACCCCGCCUGAGAUGGGAUCGCAUUUUACUUCUCAGCAAGCGAACGGUCGAACGGCGAACGGACGACCACGAGAAUCGACCCUCAAUAGCCGGAGUCGUACGCUCGCAGUUGUUAAUAUCGACCCGAAUGAGAAUGGUGCAUCCCCUUCCCCAGCGGUAUCGUCCGUCCCACCUUCUCAACCAUACAAGGCGUCUUGGGAAAGUGCAGAGAUAGAGAAGAAGCGGCUCAAGGAGGCGUACAGCCAAGAGCAAGGCCAGUCGUCCAGCAGCAGUCAACAACCGAUUGUCACCACAACCCCGUCCACACCCGCCGUGAAGCCUAACUUCUCGUCGGCAGAGGACGAAAAGGAACGCUUGUACAGAAGGGCACAAGCACAGGCACGGCGUACACAGGACCUGGCAAGGAAGGAACAAGGUUUACCGCCAAGUGUAGGAUCCCCAUCCCUAUCCGCAAUCUCAAAUCAGACUAGCGCUUCAGCAUCAGCAUCAGGCUCGACUAGUAACAGCAGCGCACUUCGAAGCCCAAAAGUGGCUCCAAUUACCGCAGUCGCAUCAUCGGCCACACCUUUGACGCCACCAGCUACCUCAAGCAAGGCUCCCUCUAUUCGUUCUGAGAGUGUCACGCCGGGAGCCUCGCCACCCCCUGGGUCGAAUUGGGCUUCUGCUGAGGCAGAAAAGGAGCGAUUGUACCGUAUCGCACAGCGGAGGGCUCGUGAGACUCAAGCUCGUGUCGCCUCGGCUACUCCGGCUGGUGGCUCUGCGUCAAGUCCGACCCCCAGACAGUCGAUAGUGCAAACCCCCGCAGCCAGUAGGCCCACUUCUACAUUCAAGCUAAAUAACCCGGAUUCUCCGGAGGACGGGCCGAUUCAAUCGGGUUCUUCUGCGCUCACCCCAGCAAGAGCGGCGUCUGCGUCUCCCGCCCCUGCGCCGAGCAUCACUCCUGGUGGAACAUCAGCUGCAACCGCCGCUCAGGCGAUGUAUGCGCAAGCCAUGGCAGCACGUCAAUCACCCGCCUCUGGCUCGAGACAGUCUGUAGGAUACACUGCUGCAUCACCCCAACCCACUCAUGGCCACACUCCGCGACCAUCACAAGCGUCUUCUACAAGCUACUCACAAGGCUCGGGCUCUUCACUUCCCCCUGCCUAUGCUACUGGCGGCUCCUCCGGAGCCGGUCCCGGAUGGUCAAAUGCCGAGGACGAGAAGGCCCAGCUCAGCCGGUAUUAUGAAGCGAAACAUGCGGUUUCUCGCAAGGCUGAAGGUGGUGACAUCGGCGAGCCCAUGGGCGCGGGAGGAGGGUCGUCCUCUGCUUACAUUCAUGCACACUCCGCCAGCUCCCUGCCGCUGUCACAAAUGACGUCCCCCGCAUUGGCACCGCAGCCCAUCCACCAGGCAUCACCUUCUCCGGUGGGCCACUAUGCAUCAUCCGCACCCACCCGGAUGAAUUCAGUUGCCUCUGUCCGCAAGGAACAAACGCCGUCGCCUGUUUACAACCGCACCCAUCCCCAACACACGCCAACUCCGUCUGCGGGCUAUGGAGCACCUCAGGACUAUUUCACCCAACAGCGGCCCUACACGCCUCAGCAGACAGCUCCUGGGCCCUCAGCAUUCUCUCCUGGAUCUCGUGCUUCUGGCGUUCCACUGCCAGUAGACGAAAAGGAAAGGAUGAAACUGUUCUUUGAGGCCCAAGAUGCGGCAAGACGAUAUCAAGAAACCCAAGGCGCAUCCGGGAGCGGUGGUAGUGGCAUGAAUAAUUCCCCUCCUCACGCGGGUCCCAUGGCCUCCUCGAGCUCUUACCCAAGCCCUCCUGUUACUGUAGGUCCCCCUGGAUACGAGGAUGCCCCGCCUGCAAUCGACGGGGGAUCCAGUCGAUCCAUGUCUGCAUUAGAAGAGAAAGCUCGUUUGGCGCGUGAAUAUCAGCAGCAGCAACAGGUCGCUCAGGGACAGCUGUCACGCAACCCGUCUAUCCAGUCUGUGCGGACUCCCGGCCCACCCCAGAUGCCCCAAUACGGCGCUCCACCCAUGCUCAGCCCUUCUUAUUCGAACAGUGGGCUGCCGUCCAUCACCACCCAGUACGGCACUACUCCCCUCCAGAGGAAUAACAGUUCUUACAAGUUCAUUCCUUCUCCAAUUGAGGAAGAGCCUUCUGGCCCUCCUCCGCCUCUCCUGCCUCGUCCUCCUCAGGCGUACAUUGAGCAGACCAUCCAAGAGGAGGCGCCGGCAGAUGUUGCUGCAGAGCAUGGGCGACCCGCGGUGGAAAAACAGCAGAGUUGGAAAAACCAGCCCCUGAACUUCCGACCCAUGUCUCCUUUUAAUGUCCCACUUCCAAACGCGCAGAACCAGCCUCUUGUUCAGGGUCAUUGGGAACAGCCACCCCCGACCCAACAACAGUACGCGCAGCCGCAAUACCAGCAGGCGCAGCCCCCGUACUAUCGCUGAGUGAAUAUGUUAGGAUACGAUAUACGACCCUACUUUCUUGUUUAUAUGCAUGAAUAGGUAUCCUUGGAUGUAACUUAAUGAUAAUGAACACCAUAU